CCAACUUAACAAGCGUGACUUUCGCUUUCUCAUAAUUAUUUUUAAAUACAAGUUGAAAAUGUCGAUCUCCAACUAUAAACUGCAAACCAACGUGCGCCUGCAUCCUGUGGUGCUCUUCCAAAUCAUUUCCUCUUACGAACGUCGUUCCAAAUCCACCACAAUGGCAGUUGGCACGCUGUUGGGUCGUCGGGACAAGGGCAGCGAUGUGAUUGAGAUCACCAACAGCUUCACGGUGCAGCACAAGGAGCACACCGUUGGCGACGUCGAGCAAUUCAAGCUGGACACGCAGUACGCCAGCGAAAUGUACGAGCUGAAUCAGAUCACCUAUCCCCAGGAGAAGAUUCUCGGUUGGUACGGCACCGGCAAGUGUCUGUCCCGCUCCGCAGCCGCCAUGCACGCCUUCUACUCCCGCGAGUGCGGUGACUUUCAGCCGCUGCAUCUGCUGGUGGACACCACGCUGCGUGGCGGACGUAUGACCACUCGACUCUAUUGCGGCGUCAUGCUGGGCGUGCCCGGCGGCACCAAGGGUCUGAUGUUCACUGAGCUGCCUCUGUUCACCAUUGAUACCGAGGGCGAUGAGUCGAUCGCAUUGCGCACCAUGCAAAAGUAUGCUCUCAACACUACAAAGCACGUGGGUCGCAUGCUGCCCGAGCUGGUGCACGUUGUGGAUUCGUUGCGUGAGCUGGGAGUGAAGCUGGAUCUUGUGCUGCGCUACAUCAACGAUGUGCUGGAACGCAAACGUCGGCCGGACAACAGCGUGGGACGUGCUCUGCACGAUGCUCUGACUUCAGUGCCCAUGUUGGAUACCGAGAGUUUUCGUUUAAUGUUCAAUACGAAUGUGCGAGACAUGCUUCUGAGCAUUACACUAUCUACCAUGAUCAAGACUCAGAUGCAGCUCACAGAGAAGUUGUCUUGCCUGCCAGAUUAUUGAAAAACAAGUCUAUUCUUUAGUUUUCAUCUCGAUUGUAAUUAGCAAAAUGAAUCUUUAUUCCAACUAACUCA